AUGGAAGCCACUCAGGAAUCCACCCAGCUAUGUGCUGAUCCCCGCCGAAUGGGAAUGAAUAACUCUGGCAUCCAAGACCAAGACCUGGCCGACAUCAUCUGUAUCCUUCAUCCGAAUUCGCACGCUGCCCAUGAUGCUGUUGCUGCCACUGGAAGAAUGUCUGCUCAACAUAUCCUACAACGGGAGGUACUGGAACAGGAAUCAUCACACACAGCAGCAUUAGAUUUGGCGUUGAGGCUCUCAUCGAAAGUUCACAACUUAGGACUCGGCUUCUGCUUCGGUCGCAAUCGUUCUCGCUGUGAUGUUCUUCUCAGUGUUGAUGAUGAUGCCAAGCGAGUGUCGAAUAACCACUUUCGCAUAUUUCUAACCGAGGACGGCAUUCUCAUGCUCCAGGAUACAUCGACCAAUGGUACCAUCGUGGACAAUUGUCGUCUGCGAAAAACUCAGAAGGAUGGGAACAGUCGAAUGCUCACGAAUGGAUCUCUCAUUCAAGUCGUCACCGGAUCGCAAAACUCUGACGCGGUCCGCUUCGUGGUCCGAAUUCCCUCAAGAGAAGGAUUCGCUGUCCAAUACCACCAGAAUUUGUUCCAAUAUUUCCAACGAGUUCAUGCACAUGCCCCAGCGCAGAAAGAACGACAGGGCCCAGGACCGUCCGCUUUAGCGUGGUCAGCCGCUAAUGCUUAUGGCAUGCAUUGGACCGGUGGUGCCAUGUACAACGUGACUGGACAGAUUGGAAAGGGUGCUUUCGCUACCGUGUACAAGAUUGCAACCAAGCAACAUGGGGCGAUCUAUGCCGCAAAGGAACUCGACAAGCGCCGCUUUAUGAAAAACGGUAUCCUUGACCAAAAGGUCGACAAUGAGAUGAAAAUCAUGAGAGAUCUCACGCAUCCGAAUAUCGUUCAAUACAUCGACCACCACGAGCAUGACCGAUGGAUCUAUAUCAUCAUGGAGUAUGUUCCAGGUGGCGAGCUGUCGACAUACCUGCAGACGCAGGGAACGAUUGCCGAGGAGAUGGUGAGAACGAUCGCACGACAAGUGUUACGAGCGCUUCACUAUUUGCACAAACGCCGCAUCACCCAUCGAGAUAUCAAACCGGACAACAUAUUGAUUGCUUCGCUGGACCCGCUGAGAAUCAAACUAUCUGACUUUGGGCUGUCGAAAGUCGUAGAGCAGGAAACCUUCUUGAAGACCUUUUGUGGAACGCUUCUGUACUGUGCGCCGGAGGUGUACCCGGACUAUGAUCAAUAUCGCCGUGGCGAGCUCCGAAAGAGGCGCCGCGUUGGAGACCCUCCCCCCAAAACAUCUCCGUACAGCCAAUCUGUUGAUAUGUGGUCGCUGGGAGCAGUUCUUUUCCACAUUCUGUCCGGCGUUCCACCAUAUUCAGGGCGCGCAGAAGAUCGAGGCGUCCAAAUGCUUCGCACUAUUAUGACAUGUGACGCUGAUUUCGAUGCCUUGCGCAAGGCAGGCGUGUCUGAGUCUGGCAUCGACUUUGUCGCCCAGCUUCUCAAUCGGGACCCCUUUUCUCGUCCGACAGAGAAGGAGUGUUUCCAGCACCCGUGGAUUGCGGAGGUCCCUGAUGUGGAUGAGUAUGAGGAUGAUGAUGAAUUGCUAUCUGACCAUCAUGAAGGGCUUUCAAUCAUUGGCGAGGAUCCCGAGGACGAGCUAGAUGCUUCACAUCUGUCUAUUGCGGACGGUCUAGGAUAUGUCCACGAAGCCGAUGGCGAAGAAGGUGGCAGCAGCGAAGCAAUAUCAAAACGGCCUCGGAUCGAACAUAUUCCCGCCGAUGUACACUAUCCCAGCCUUCCAAAUAUUGAGAGCUUCCAAGAUGGGCAAGCGGUAUUGGACAGUCCUGCCAAACGUUUGUUUGGCGAAAUCGACCCCUCAGCUCUGCGCAGCUCCCACGCACUCGGCAAUUUAGAUGCCUACCAUGCCAAUAAUUUUCACGUUGACUUUCUCUCUUCUGGUGAGUCGAUGAUGAGCGACGAUCCUAACGACUCCAUUAUCUCCCUCCCGGCCGUACCCUUCGGUGGCACUGCGCCUAGUUUAAUGGGCGCAGAGAGACUCGUUGGGCAACUCAACAUGGAUUCCUUGAACCCCGCUCUGCAAGUCAAGGGUGGCCCGGUUAACAGAUCUUCCUUGCGGCAGACCAUUCCUGGGCAUACCAAAGGCGCGAUGCCACUUUGUACCCCCAAUCGGGAUUCUGUUCCGCCGACUUCGAGUCCCAAGGAAGAAUCUGUCUCGAGUCCCCAGGAGCCAACCCCCAAAGCAAAGUUCACGCGCCGGAUUGACCUUGCUCUUGCAAUCCCCGACACAGCCAGCGAGGCAUCUAGCGACAAUAGUGCCAACAACAGUCGCCGCAACACUGCUCCCAAUGACCCUUCUCGCCCCUCCAAAUCAGAAUACGACCUCGAGUUUGCUACUACCCUUGAUGCGCAGACAGGCCAAGCUGUUCUGGAUCAGCUCCGGACCGAGGAAUCAGACUCAUCAGAACCGAUUGUUCAUCGACCCAACCCAGCCCCUCUUCCCUCCACCCUCUCUAACUCCACGUUCGCCAAACCACCAAAGAGAUAUGGAAAACUGAAGAGCAUCCCUGGUUCGAUCUUUGACUUGACAAUCUACCUCGAGGAUCGACUCACCUCGUGGGGUCGAGGGCCGUUAGCGACCAUCAAGCAUGCCGACCCUAUGGACACAAGGAUCCCCGCUUAUGCGCUCGAGGUCACAUUCUGGACUCCGGGAAUCGAGGCCAGGAUCGCAGCAGGUGAAAGCUGGCUCGACAUCCCAGGGGUUAUGGCUAUUCUCUCCACCAAAGCGCGCCUUGGUAUCUGGGUAAAUGAUACCCUACUGUGCCGCGGCUCUAUGACCGAGGAUGGUCCCGAGGCUUUACAAUUCGGGAAACUCUACACCGGCGACAUCAUUACUGUGUACCAAAAUAAAGACCGAACGAAAUUCCUCAAGCUGCAGUGUGAAUUUACCCAUGGUGAGAGCGCCCAACCUCGACCCGGACAUGAAGCCGGAUUCAUGGUGCGACAGGCUCUCAUGGCCAAGGCUGUCGGAGCGGCAAACCGAAUGCCAAUUCAGACCCAAUGCAAGGAUCGGGAUUAG